AGUUUUCAUCAAUCAAUUUCGGAAAUAGACUGAAUCCAAUUAAAGCUUGUCCAUGCUCAGAUCCGGUCUUGCCUCGUUAAUCGUCGAUGUCAAUUUGCGGCGCACUUUACGUCCAUGCGCGCCUUUUUCUUUCCCGGCGCAUCUUAGCCGUUCCUCACGCAGCAUUAUUACUUCCCGUUACUCCUCCCAUAGAGCUCUAAGGUUUCAGAUUCAGAGAUGUCACUACCGCCUUUCCUCCUUUUCUUCCUCCUCUUCCUCUUCGUCGGAGAAAGGCGGACCAUCGUCGUCUACCCGAUCGGGCCUCGUGUCGGGUAUGGGUCAAGACGACGCCGUCACGGCGGAUCGGAACAGUUUCAGUGGUCACGGUGAGCUUGAUGAUGAAGACAAUUCUUCGCCGCCGCAAUCAUCUUCCAAAGUUCUUACAUUGCCCACCGUAUUAACCCUUGGUCGUGUAGCUGCCGUUCCGCUUCUCGUCGCAACCUUUUACGUUGAUAGUUGGUGGGGAACAACUGCGACCACAGGCAUUUUCAUUGCAGCGGCCAUUACAGACUGGCUUGACGGCUAUAUUGCGCGCAAGAUGAGGUUAGGUUCUGCGUUUGGUGCAUUUUUGGAUCCAGUUGCAGAUAAGCUUAUGGUCGCAGCUACAUUGAUCUUACUGUGUACAAAACCUAUCGACGUAGCUGUAUUAGGACCAGUUCCAUGGUUAUUGACGGUACCUUCUAUUGCAAUCAUUGGUAGGGAGAUUACUAUGUCCGCAGUAAGAGAAUGGGCUGCAUCUCAAAACGGAAAGCUUUUAGAGGCUGUUGCAGUCAAUAACUUGGGCAAGUGGAAAACCGCCACGCAGAUGACAGCAUUAACCAUACUUCUUGCAAGCCGGGAUAGCAGUGUUGGAUGGCUCGUAGCUUCUGGUGCUGGCUUGCUCUAUGUAUCAGCAGGACUAUCGGUUUGGUCUUUAGUCGUUUAUAUGAGGAAGAUAUGGAAAGUACUACUGAAGUAGUAAUUAAUCUAUCGGUUUUGUUCUGCUUUUGACCUGCAUUUGGAUAUACGCAAUCAUGGAGAGGGUCUCAUCUGUACAGGAGCACAAAACUUGAAUUUGGAUCUUCUAAAGAAGUGAAUUUGUUAUUUUUCAUUUUCAGAACCAUGAAAAUACACGAUAGAACUGGUUAUCGGGUAGACUCAAAUGCAGAUUCUUUCUAGCAUUGAGAUGUAGCUUUCUUAGACACAAUUGAGUUUGAUUUCUUUUCUACUAUAAGCAUGGUUUGAUUGA